AUGGCCCUACAUGGUGUUGGCAUUGUCUCAGCGGAGAAGGCUUUGACGCUCAAGAUCUUCGAGGGGCUGGGUCUCAGCUUUACGCACUUCGGGGAAGGCGAGCAAGGUCAGCACAGCGAGGCAAAAAUAGAGGGAGGCACAACACUGAUGGUUGAUACUGUGGAUGUCAUGAAGAAGAGCAAUCCCGAUUUCCAGUUCUCAGCCGACUCCUGCACAGUUCACCUGACUUUCAAGUGUGAGUCGCCUCCCAAAGUGGACGAACUUUUCCUGAAAGUCAAGGCCACCGGGGCUGUGGUGGAGAAAGAGCCCUUUGAUGCCUUCUGGAAGCAACGCUACAGUACAUUAAAAGACCCGGCGUCCGGAGUCCAUAUCGAUAUCUUUGCAGAUCUUUAG